GACAUAUACGCCGGAAGAAUAUCUCCCACACUAUCUGUCCGGUCGCCGUACGUGUAGACACUGCCUUUAAAAAAUUAGGAUCAACAGAAACAUGGCUGCGCCCAUUUAUUGUAAGAAAAGCAAUGCUGAUUUACUGCCAAUAUUUUCGAAUAUUUGUCAUUCUUUCUAUUUUACCAUGUAUAUUGUUUUACUGUCAUAAAUAUGUCUUCUAUGACAGACUUAUAUAUUUUAUGUUUAACACUAAUUGUGACUACUUUUAAUUUGCCUUAAUUAGGCCUAAUUAAUUCUAAUUUAAUUGCCUAAUUAUAAUUAUAAUUUAUAUCAACUUGUUUUGAUAACUUAUAACUAUAACAGAUUUGGGUAAGAUUUGAAAUUCACUCACUUCAAUGGUGACUUCACUUGACUUAACUUUAACAGACUUAACUCACUUUCACUUAUGGUUAACUUACACUUUACUAUUUACUGUGACUUAAAAUUAAAUUUUAAACACACUCACACACUAAUUACUCAUCAUGAUUACUGAAAAAAUUACUAAUUCCGUCUGAAACUGAUUUCUGUUACACUCACUAAAACACCAAAACUUAAAACUCAAUCACACUCAAUAGGCUGGCAUGGCCACAGUCACGAUUCACAGUCACAGUGAAGUGAUGAGUUUGGCUACAGUGCGUAGAGUGUUGCACUUUAUAUUAUUUACAAUAUGUCAGUUGCAGCGUGUUGCCUUAGUUUAGCCUUGGCCUUAGGUUGAGUGGGGCAUACUUUGACAAAUGUAAAAACAUUUCAAGAAAACAAAGAAAACUAUAUAAAUAUAUAAAACUGGGAAACUUGAACUCUAAUAAAAACGUCAGAAAACCUAUUAAACACAUGAGAGAGAAAACUGCUCCGGAAAAUAUAUGGACCAUCAAAGGAUGAAUAUGGAUGGAGAAUAUGAACCACCCAGGAAUUGUAUAGUCUAUAUUAGGAUCCCAUGCUAGUAGCAGAAAUAUAAAAGGGCAGGCUACGCUGGGCAGGACACUUUGAAAGAAUGCCUAAUGACAGAGGAGUGAAGAUGGUGCACCACCAAAGCCCCAGAGGAAAACUGCUUAAAGGCAGACAUAGGCUUAGAUGGAUGGAUGAUGUGGAAAAUGAUCUAAAGCAGCUGGGAAUCUAAGCAUGGAAAAGGAAAGCAUCAGUUAGGUCUCAGUGUAAGGAAGUGGUGAAGCAGGCCAAUGCCUACAUGGGCUGUAGUGCCACAGGGAUGGAUGGAAACCAUUCCCUAGGUUUAUUUUUACAAUAUUAUUCACCUUUGCCUAUGACAACAUUUAUGAGAGCAUGAUCAUUAUAAAUCAAAAUGAAUGUUACAAAUGAAUGAAUUGAAUAAACCAAGGGUUCUAAAAUUAUAUUUUUGAAAAAAUAAUAUUCAUAAAAAUAUUACCGGUACCAUUCCCAUAAUUUUUUUUCCACAAAACUAUUUACCUUGCUUUAGCCUGAUUUAAAUUUUAUUUUUGGAUAUAUUGGACAAGAAGGUCAUCAUGCAUCUGUGAGCACUGUUCACAGAUAUUAGCCUUAUAUCAAAGGAAGACAGCAAGACAUUCAGCAAUUUAUGAGUAUCAGAUUGCCAACAGACGGACAAAGUGACAGUCAGUCUUAUGGUUGACAACCAAAAGCCUCUAUCACUUUUGGCUGAAACCUAAAAUAUACCGAAAUUUGCUCUGUCGCUACAUUAAAUGUUAUUCUAACUUCCUUAUCUCAUCCAAAAGACUUUCGUUACAUAACACAUAUAUAAAUGUAUUUAACUCUUUGCGUUUUUUUUCCCCCAAUUAAACUGAAUUUUUAUCAGUGAGAGGAGCUAAUGGUCUUUGGACAAUUGAUGGUGCAAAGUUCAGUGCUGAUCCUACUAAUAAAAUGUAAGUUAAUUAGUGAUAUGUAAAUUUAUUUUAUUUUAUUUCCACCAAUUAUAUUUGAACACAGGUGUUGAGGUUUUGUAAAUUUAUCUUCAUGCUUUUCAGAGCAAUGCACCAAACAUCAACUUUUAUGUUGAUGCUUAAAGCAAAAUAAACAUUUAGUACCCAAUCCACUAAUGCACUGUCAAAAUAAUUUACAUAAGUCUUAUUCUUAUUUGUAAAAAGUAUGUUCCUUAUGCUGGUUUGUAGUUGGUAUUUGUUCCUCAGUAUACUUUGUAGAUAGUGUUAACUCCCCACCAUAGUUUGUUCGUACAUUAAAUUCCCUGUUACAGUUUUAUGUUUUCACUUUGUCUAUUUGAUUUUCAGUGACAAAAGCAAUUCUUGCAAAUGUAUGGCCUUCUCAGGGGAUGGAUCAUUGUUUGCAUGGUGUAACAUGGAAAGGUAACUGAAACUAUGAAUAAAAAAGAAGAUAAUCUGCUAUCAUUUAACUGUCAUUAGUUAUUAAUGUAUGAAGGAUGAAAAUGUUGGAGGGUUUUUUAUGUUACCGUAUAUUUUCCUCAAAGCAUUAUACACAUUUGAAAUUCAGGUGAAUAAGCCACACAGUGAAUAUAACUAACUAUCCUGACUCUUCAUUUACCCCUCCAUUAGUUGUUUAUUUUUAUGAUGACUUAAUCUUGUGACUUGUGCAAUUAAUUUUUCAUGAUCCAAAAAUAAAAUGUAUGAAAAGUAGAUUUGCUGUUAGCCUGAAAAUUCUUCCUAUUGAAGCCAUUCCACACUUUGAUUUGCUAUAACUUUUCACGCACAAUAAUUUUUUAUGCAUACCAACUUUUCUCAAAGAAUAUAAAUUACACUACUUAAUUUCUGUACAAAACAAAUACACAUUUUUAAUUGGAUUUUUAAUGAUGAUUUUUAUUUGAAGUGUUUACAUCAUGGAUACUAAAACUCAAGAAAUUCUUCAAGACCUUGGACUUCCAAAAGUCAUGGAUUUGAAGUUUUCACCCAAUGGAUGCAUUCUAGCAUGUUGGAAUAACUACAUGGGUAAUAUUGUUUUAAUUUUUGAAAAAGAUCUACAUCAAAUGUUACACAACUUUAAAGUUAGAAAGUUAAUAACUUAUGCAAGCAAAUCUGAUAAACAAAUGUAAAUGAGCCUAAUAAGAGAUUGGUGGAUUUCUUUAAAGAGCUGCUCAGUCCUGCUGCUGAGAGAAAUGUCCUUCUGUUUUACUACAGUUUUAAUCCAAGCACCCAUAGCAAACAGAAACCACUAACCCUGAAGAAGAAUUCUGAGUUCAAAAACAAUGCAGUGGAAUCACCACAGAAGCCAUCCCUGCAUGUAGCGAGAGAUUUGUAUCAAGUGAUUCACAUUUCAAAAAGUGUAGGAAGAAAGCAGCUCCCCAGAAGACUGUCCAAGAGCUGUAGUAGUAGUAGUAUUACCCCUAAAGAAAUGGGAAAGGGAAUUCAUAAAGUCCACUGGACUUAGAGGCAUCUCCCCUCACACUGUUAAAACAUGUGCGAAGAUCCUGGAGAAGUGAACACAAACUACAGCUGACCCACUUCUUGAGCACUGCUCCGUUUGACUGCAGAAAAGGAAGCGUUUGAACGGAUGCAAUCUCUCUGGCAAAUGUGUGAAAAAGCUUGUGAAUAUCAACAACAGCUUCAUCUGGUUUUUUUUUGGUUGUAUUUUUUUAAAUGGUAAAAGCAUUGCACAGGGUGGACAGGAAUAAGCUCUGGGAGUUGCUGAAAAUGUAACGAGUCAAAGGACAGCUCCUCAAUAAAAAAAUAAGGGCACUCUAUACUGUAAGUAAUAGUGCUGUGCAUGGCCCUAAUGGAAUCUUUAAGAGGUUUGGAGUCAAAUAGGGCUACAUUUUUUCACCGUUGUGAGUCUUAAUUGGCUUGGACAAAAUCAUGAAGGAUGCCAAUCUGAAUCCUGAGGCAAUAAAUGAAUUUUUUUUUUUUUUGAGUGAUCACCGAAGCAUCCUGAAUGACAUCAAGGAACAAUGGCAGAGCCUUGUUGAUGGCCUGAAUAGUAGCUGUCAACUUUAUGGGAUGAAAAUCAACACAUAAGACUGAGGCCAUGUCAGUGGAUCCUGCCCCAGAUAAACAGGACAAAACUAUCAGUGGUCAGAUGCUCUGUCAACGCGGUAAGUUUAAAUAUGUUGGAAGCAUUCACAGAAAAUGGACCAAUAUAUAAGGUGAAAUCAGUCAGUUACCAUACAGCCCUGCUAAUAAGGCUCCCUAGAGUAAAGAUGGAGACCACCACCAGGCUUAUUAAUACUGCCUUUAUUUCAACACUCACCAGUGUCGGAACUGGGCUCUGAAUAAAACUCAAGAAAAAACUCUUCAUCUGCAAGAUGAGAUGGUUACGGUGAGCAGCUGAUCAAAUGAGAAGGGACCACAUUGCAGACUUGUUUACUCUUACGAUUUUGGCGCAUAAUGUACGAUUUUGAGGUGCACACAUUAUAUAUACUGUAUGUUUAUUUUUUUACUAUUAAGGUAAUGUAUUGAAUGAUUUUGUGAUGAUAUAGUACGAUUUUAAGAGUUUGAGGGUAAACAGGUCUGAAACUGGGAACCAGGAAAUAAAACAAGUGAUCAAUGACAAAUCAAGUGCACAUAAGAGGAAGUAAAACAAGAAGAACUAAUACCUACAAAAAUUUACUUGUAUUUACAUUUAAUGAUUCAACAGCAAAACAAAAACCAAAAGAAAAGGCCCACAAUUGUUACAUUAGUUUUAAUUAUUAUUGUUGGUAUCUUUCUUUUUAAAAUUCAGUCGCAGAAUGGAAAAAAAAGUAAAUGUUUCUAGUGCAAUAUUAUGAAUUGGAAAUGCUUUUACUGCUCAAACUAAUGCUAACUUGCUUGGGUGUUGGUAAAUGUACCAAAUACUACCUGGUCACCUUCCAUGUCAGUCCUAAAUUUAUUAGUUGCAUAGCUCACACAAAUACGAUGAUUAAUUAAUGGUCAUGGUCGAUUUUAAUUUGGACUGAUGAACUCUAUAUAUGUAUAGUUUCCUAAAAAUGAAGCUAGGAAAGAUUUGGGUUGAAAAGGGUGUUGAAGAAUUGGGCAUCAGCUUUGGUAAUGGGUUGAAAAGGUUGGCAGACUCAGGCAAAUGGAAGUUAAUUGUUGCCAUUACAAUCAUUAAACAAUGGGAUGCACCAAGUCUAUGUUUAAAAAUAAAUGGCAUAAUUAAAACAGGUGCAGCAUGCUUUCGCCGUGCCUUUAUUUCCAGUGUAGUUACAACAGGUGCAGUGUCGUGCCUGUAUUCCCAAUGUUAAGUUUCUAGGUUGUAAGAAGGAAAUUAAUUACAAGGUGAAUUAAAAGUAUUAAAAAUCUUUUAAUUUUUUUAAUAUUUUUUUUCAGUGAACCGUGAAGGUGGUGGAGGAAUCCCAAACCUUCAUCUCUUUGAUGUUAAAACAGGGACCUUAAAAAAAUCAUUAAUUCAGAAAAAGCAAACUAACUGGUAUGUAGAAAAUUAAAAUUAUUGAAAUGUGUUCCUUCCCUAAUUGUUAGCUAACAGUGACUAUUCAGAAUCAUUUUUUUUUUUUCAAGUUUUUUAAUUACUUAUUUUUAAAAAUGGAAUCACCUUAGUAAUAUCUAUAGGCUAUCUCAUUAAUAUUUUAGUAAAAGAGCUCUUUAAGUUUUUAAUAGUUUUUUUUUAAGAGAUUUCUGUAAAAUUUCUUAUUUUUGCAUGUAACUUUUAAUUAUUACUUUGGGGGGGGGGGGUGGGGGGGGUUAAAUUUUUAAUCAGACUACUAUAGAACCUUUUUCAAUGCUUAAAUUCUUUUAGAGCUUUUUGAUUUUGCCAACUGAACUGGCUACUUCUUAGUCUAUUUGGGACUACAAUGAUUAAAUAAAUAUUAGUUAAUAGAAAAGGUCUUCUCUUUUAGAAAUAUGUCUAUAAAUAUUAGUCUCUGGUUUUAGAUUUUGUGGUUGAAAGAAUGGUAACUAUUCAAGAUGACAUUGCAAUUCUUGAAACAGGUGUCCACAGUGGAGUUCCGAUGAAGGCAUUUGUGUACGCAGUGUCAACAAUGAGUUACAUUGUUUUGAGAAGAAUAAUUUCGGUAAGUUUUUAAAUAAAUAAUAUGUCAUUACCAUCACUUUGUGAAAAAGGGAUGGACAGAAUUCUGGGUUUAUCUGAGAGUGGGGAAAUUAAGUGAUAUUUUGUUCCCUGAUUACAGAAGCAAUGCAUUGUUUAAUAUGCUACAGGUAUCUGACUUAUUGCAAACUGUUGUUUAAAUAAACUUCUUCUUCAAUUCAAUCUCUAUGUAAUUAGUGUGUUGGCUUUGUGCUUAGGCAGCACUUUCAUUGAGACAUAAUACCAUCAAAACGCUUUCUUUCUUCAGAGCAUAUUGUUAGCCCUUUCUAUGAACAAAUGUUAAAAUACUUUUUAAAAUAAUUUGCCUUUGAAUUUUAGGAUGCAAUUUUCUGUUUUAAUAAUACAGUGGUACCUGGGGUUAAGAACGCCUCAGGUCACAAACAAUUGGGGUUGCGAACAACAACUUCGGAAAAAAUUUUGUUAUGAACGAAUGCGAGAGAGAAAGAGAGAGCGAGGUUCAACAUUGAAGUCAAACGAUCGCAUAGAGUACAAACGAAGGCCGUGCCAAAGAGGACCCUUAUAACCCAGGAGGAGAAAGCACUGCCGGGGCGCAAACCAAUGAAGGACAGGCUAACUACUGUUCUGAUGCCAAUGCCACUGGUGACUGCAAGAUUACACCAAUGUUGGUCUAUCACUCAGAAAAUCCUCACGUCUUUAAACGCAAAAUGCCUGUGAUGUGGAAGUCUGGUGCUAAGGCAUUGAUGACGAGAGCCAACUUAAUGGAAUGGCUGACUAAAGUGUUUGCCCCAAGUGUGAAGAAGAACCUGGAAGAAAACAAUCUCCCCCUUCGAUGUCCUCUGCUUAUGGACAUUGGUCCUGCCCACCCAUCUGGUCUGGAGUAGGACUUGUAGGACUUGGGUUACGAACUGAGUUCUGUAACGAAUUAAGUUCGUAACCCGAGGUACCACUGUGUUUGUUGAAAUCAAAACAUUUAAUAUUCUAUUAAAACCAUGUGGAUUUAUACAAAAAAAUCUAGGUAACAUUUUCUGAUAUCGUUAGGCUGAUUAAGAGACCUAUCUGUCAACAAAAAAGGCAGAUACAAAUUAAUUUGCUAAAAGUUUUCAAUCCUUUUGCAGCAUAGAUUGCCUACUUUAUUUUAUGAAACUAAAUGUUUCAAUUACUUAGCAAGUAAACUUCAUUGUCAGCUUGUAUCUUAUUGCAGACAAUAUAGUGACGAAACUCAUCUUACAGAAAGUGUCAAACUUCGGUCUUGCUAAAAGCAUCCCUCCUUACACCAUAGCUACAUAUGUGCCUGGUACAAAAGUAAGUUACUCUCUCAAUCUCUCUCUCCCUCCUAUCCCCUCUUUUUUCUCUUCUCUCUUUCCUCUCUCCCCUCCCCCUUUCUCUCCAUCUCUCCCUCUCGUCUCUCCUCUCUCUCGCUCCUUCUCUAAAACUAUUUUAAUUUUUCUCUAAUUCCCCUUUCAAUUUGAAUAAGAUUUACUUAAAAUAUUUUUAAUGAUUAAUUUCAAUAAUUUGUGUGUUUUUUUAUCUCAUAGGGCCAACCCUCAUUUGUUCGCAUCUAUCGAUAUCCCAACUUUGCAGGGCCAGAAUCAACAUUGGCGAAUAAAAGCUUUUUUAAGGCCGAUCGGGUCAAUUUUUUUUGGAAUAAAAUUGGUAUGUCAAACAAAAUAUUUAUAUUUCAAAUUCAAAACUUUAAAAAAACAUUGCCUGGGCUCAAAUCUGUAUAUAAGUCCAAUGGCCUGUUUUAAUAUUAUGUAAUCAGUUAUUUUUAGAAUAAGUCUACCAAUGAAAUAGAAUGUCCAUUUUGAAUGUUGGAGAAAAUAAAAAGCACAGGACAGCUUACUUUAAGAUUUGACAAAAGUGAAAAGGGAAUUUUCUUUUGGAGCUUACAUUUGUAGAAGUGAACAAGACAAUAAAUUACUGUUAUUUCCAUACAUUGAUUUGGUCAAUUUCAUUGCAUUAAUACGUAGCAUAGUCGGUAACACCACAUUAAAAUAAAAUUAGUUUUGUAAAAUUUUAACUAGUGCUUAGACUUCAAGCAGUCUGCUAUAAUAAGGUUAUACAUAUUAUAUUACUAUUGCAUUCAUCUUAUUUCUGGUGUGUGUGUGUAAAUAUUGAGAUGUAAUAAAAUAUAACUAUAAUGUGAUUUGUUGCAAUCAUUGUUUUUAUAAAACAAUCUUUGUGCUGUGAUGUGCAGGGAGCAGUCUUCUUGUGCUGACAUCAACAGAGAGUUCCGACAGCUCAUACUAUGGUGAACAAGGACUUCAUUUCUUAUCUACAAGUGGUGAAAGCUGUAUGGUACCACCCCGUAAGUAAAACGAAGAUAUCGCUUAAUCCAUUCCCUACUGUUGCAACCCUAUGCACCCUGAGCCUGCCCCCUCCCCCCUCCAUUAUUUCAGGCAGAUUCUCUUUUCAUUUGUUUUGCAUACAUUAUGAGAAUCACAUGGGUUCGGUUGAUCUUUCAAGCUUGGCACCAAAUUACUUACAUAUGAUCUUUAGAGAUAUUCAGUUACAAUUUGCUCACAAUUUCCUGUAUAAAUUUUAAUACACUCUUUAAAAAAACAGAAUUUAAAAAAAGUGUUAACUUUCCCUAUUGGAUAAAUGCAUUUUUUUGUCCCCUUUUGUUUUAUUUCAUGACCAUAGAGCAGUCAGUAAACAGACUUGUGUUUAUGUGUGGGUGUAUAUGGGAGGGGAUAUUGUUUUUGACACAGAUUUAGUUUAAAAUUAGUUUUUCCUGUUUACAGUAGAUAAAUAUAUAUUAUAUAUUUUUUUUUUUUUUUUUUUUUUCCAUUUGUUUUGGAAUUUUUUUUUAAUUUUUUAAUGAGCAUUUUGUUUUUUGGCCCUUUUUAUCUUUUUUUUGAAUUUUUUUAAAUUUUUUUUUUUUUUUUUUUUUUUUUUUUGCCAUUAGUAUUGGAAUUUUAUCUGAAUUUCUCAAUGAGCAUGUUGUUUUAUGGCCCUUUGUAGCUUGUUAUUGAAUUCUAUAAAAUGUUUUGUUUUAUCAUCUAACAGAGAAACCAGGUCCUGUCUACCACGUUGAAUGGCUGACAAAUAAUACAGAGUUUAUUGUUAUUCAUGGCUGUAUCCUCAAAAUCUUGCCGUCUGACUUACUGGCAGUGUUGAAGGAAAAAGUUAAUUUUUUGUAAGGGGUUAUUAGAUUAUCUUGCACUUGUAGGGCUACUUGUAUUAUGUUCCUUCCUAAAGUCAACUCACUAAUGAUCUGGCUGCCUUGCUCAAACAUCACCUCACUAAUGAUGUGGCUGUCUGGCUCAAACGUCACCUCACUAACGAUGUGGCUGUCUGGCUCAAACGUCACCUCACUAACAAUUUGGCAGUCUAGCUCAAACGUCACCUCGGUAAUGAUGUGGCUGUCUGGCUCAAACCUCACCUCAUGAUGUGGCUGUCUGGCUCAAUGGACUAUGAGGGACCCAUUACAGAUUAGUAUUAGCAGUUUAGUUUCAAGUAUGGCUCUUGUUUAUUUUGCAAUUAUUUUAUUUGAAUAGUUAGGAAUUGAAAUAAUGCAUAGAAAAAAAAAGGAAGUUUAUGAAGAUUGAUUUGAAGCUGUUUCCCAUUUAAGAAUAUGGCUACCAUAUAUGACUGAUUUAAAUAUGUUUCCCAUUUAAGAAUAUGGCUACCAUAAAUGACUGAUUUAAAUAUGUUAACCUUUUAAGAAUAUGGCUACCAUAUAUGACUGAUUUAAAUUUGUUUACCUUUAAGAAUAUGGCUUCCGUAUUUGAAAGAUUUGAAUAUGUUUCCCCUUUAAGACUAUGGCUACCAUACUACCACAUAUAAAACAUAAACAAGAGGGCAAAUACUGGACAUGGAUUAAUUUUAGAAUAAUUUUAAAAUUAACCUUUGAUUAUUAGUUUUAAGUAAAGUAUUUUGAUAAUUAUUUUUACACUCUAAUGAAACAGAUGCUUGACGGUGUGAAAACUCAAAACCAAAGUUUAGGUGAUUGCAAAUGUGUUGCUCAGCUCAAUUAAAUAAACUAUUUCUGACUAAAGCUUUACUCACUUUGUGAGAAAAAUUCUGUUUGUCAGGACUCCACGUAAUUUGCUGUAGAUAAACAAACUUAUGACCUCAUUUUCCUUGACCAAUACCACACCAGACAUGCCGGCCAAAACUACAAUUUACAACCUCAAGUGUGAACCCACAUUUGAUUUUGGUACCGGCCCAAGGAACUUUUGCUGCUUUAACCCACAAGGCAAUAAUAUCCUUUUUUUGUGUGGUUCUAAUUAGGCAGUACAUUAAUUUGAUUAUGUUUCAAUCUGUUUCUCUUCUACUUCUUCCCUACCGGUUUACUCAACGAAGAUCUCCAACAACCUUAACUCUCUUGGCAGUGAUGGCAAUUAUUUACUAUUAACUUCAAUCAUUAAUAAUACCUGUUGUAAUGUAAGAGACCUACUUAUUGUAGUUCAAAGUAAAUUUUUAGGAGUGGCUAUAUUAAAUCUAGGGAAAUGGAAUGGAAAAGCAAUGUAGUUCAGGGUGAAUUUUGUCGGAGUGACUAUAUAAAAACUAGGGAAAUAAAAUGAAAAAAGAUGUAGUUCAAGGUCUCAGAGUUCGAAGGGCCCUGUUAUUUUCUUUCUCUUUAUAAAAUAUUUUUUCUGAAUUCUCUUAAUUUUUUUUUUGGGGGGGGGGCUCAGUAAAGUGAUACCAUUUGUUCAAUUGUUGGUUUAUGUUUAAAAAAAAAAAAAAAACAAGACCCUGGUCUUAAAUGAACAUGUUCAGAAAUAUGCUUUGGGCUAAUUUGAAUAACUGCAGUCAAAACCACUUUCCGCCAAAUAGGACAUCGGGUAUACAAAAGUUUGACAGUGAAUGGUGACAUUUUUUUUUUUUAACUAGACAUUGAAACCCAUUACAGUUGUUGGUAGAUUUUGUUCCACUUGGCCUUCUUCAACAUCUUAUAGAAACCAGUUUCGAUAAGGUGGCAACUUUUUCAGAUGACUCACACAAAAAAAGUGCAUAUUUUUUACCCAAGACCUUUCCCUGAUAUGAAUAAUUUCGAAACCUUAAAUGCCGGGUAUUAUAACUACUCCAGCACCACAUACUGUAACUAAUGAUAUUACUUGUGAGCUUUUGAACAACACUAAAUACUGUUUCUUUGUUAGGUGCUAACUACCUUUUCUUUGUUAGAUGCUAACUACUGUUUCUUUGUUAGGUGCUGUUUCUUUGAUAGGUGUAUAUAGAUAAGUAAGGAUUUAAAAUUGAAAUAACAAUGAUAACAUCCUUAACUGUGUUACUUUUAUGCCUUGCUGGCUUUGGAAAUCUUGCUGGUAAUUUAGAGUUUUGGGAUAUGAAGAACAAGAAGUUAAUCUCAAAGACUCAGGCAUCUGAUACAACACAUCUGGAGUGGUCACCUGAUGGUCAGCAUGUUCUCACAGCCACUACCGCGCCAAGACUUAGAGUUGGCAAUGGGUAAGUUAUACAGCCAGUGUUUCACUUACGACCUAUGCAACUUAUGACAAUACUACUUUACAACCACAAUCACUGGCCAUAUUAGAUUUCAGAUUUAUUUCUGCCCCAACGGCGGCGUCUGCAGUCAUCGGCGGUUGUUAACUAAGGAAAGGGAGGCAUGAUGCUAUGAUGAUGCUAUUCUGCUAGCCGACAUCAUCAAUUUCUAAGAAAUAACACGGUCAUACUCAAUUACCCUAGGUACCCCCAACUGCUGCCUUAGAUGACAACAUUAAUGACCUGCAGCCAAGCGCCAGUGGCCAAAAAAAUGUUUCGUACAUGUUUAUAUACUUUGAUGUUAAUGACAAUUUGAUGUGUUUAGCGAUUAGGAAAAUUUUUCCUAUAGUAUUUCCCACACCUGUAUUUAUGUAUGUUUUGCAAAUAUUAAACCCGCCGUACAUGUACAGUUAAUGCAGUGUUUUUCUUAAACCUGACGAUGUAAAAAUAAGAAACAAAAUGAAGUAGAGAUGAUGCAAAUGGCAUAAAAUGAACAUCGAAAAUUAUGAUUUAUAACAAUAAUAAAAGAAAUUUAUGAUAUAAUUUAACUUAAACAUUUUUUAUAACGUCCCUUCACAUUACCGUACACAUAGCGUACUCAACUUAAGACCAAAUUGUGUGCUACGGACGGUCUGUCGGAACCGAUCGUGGUGGUAAGGUGAGUCGAGCCCUAGCUGUAUAUACAAUAACAAGUAUGGACGUUGAUUGUCCACCGUGAUCUGAGAAUAUUAGUGACAUGGGCGGCGACACUACAAAACAUUCUCUCCAAACAGGGUGAGCGGGUGUUAGCAGUGUUGGAAACCUCUGUCAUCAACAUAGACACCAGUCAGGUGAACAUUAGGAGGGCGCCGGUAAUGUAAAACUGGCACCUUCCACUUAGUUUUCAAUGUCUGUUGAGGAUUGUCUGUGUUGUUGGUCGGUCUAAUGCCACAGUUUAUUGGGGUGAUACUCAACUAAAUAAAGAAUAGGUUCUUCAUCUUUCUAGAGAAAAAAUAAAUUCACAGAUUCAAAUGAGUUCUUAGGUAAAUAACUGCUAGAGAAACUGAGGAUUCCUACUGGGUCGCUAUGUCAUGAUGAAGAUUGUGAUUGUUACUAUUAGAAUUGUGCAGGUUAUCAUGAGGACUGUGCCUGCCACCAUGAGGAUUGUGAUUGUUACCAUUAGAAUUGUGCAGGUUAUCAUGAGGACUGUGCCUGCCACUAUGAGGAUUGUUAUAAUAACUGUUACCCUGAGAAUUGCUAUACUGGAGUGUUUCUAUUUCAUCAAGUGAAGAUAUGCCACAUAGUCAACCAUUCAAAUUUGUUCCAAAGGAAAUUUGUGAGAAAUUAAAUAAUACUGUAGCUAGUGACAGAGUUAGUACUGUAAAUUAAAUAUGAGUUUACAUCUGUCCCAUUUCUCACUCGCACCUUCACUUAAACUUUAAACAGAAAAGAAUUUUCUUUUUUUUUAAAUCUCCAUUCAACAAAUUUCAUUUCAAACAAUUUAUUUUGUUGCAAUAAAUUUCUGUCAAAAAAUUUUCUUCCUUAACAAAUUUCUUUCUAACAUUUAAGGUUGAGAGUCAGUAAAUGUUCAUUUAGCUUGAGAGUCUGUACAUGAUCAUUUAGGUUGAGAGUCAGUACAUGUUCAUUGAGCUUGUGAGUCUGUACAUGAUCAUUUAGGUUGAGAGUCUGUACAUGUUCAUUUAGGUUGAGAGUCUGUACAUGUUCAUUUAGGUUGAGAGUCUGUACAUGUUCAUUUAGGUUGAGACCCAAAUACAUUUUCAUUUAGGUUGAGAGUCUGUACAUGUUCAUUUAGGUUGAGAGUCUGUACAUGUUCAUUUAGGUUGAGAGUCUGUACAUGUUCAUUUAGGUUGAGAGUCUGUACAUGUUCAUUUAGGUUGAGAGUCUGUACAUGUUCAUUUAGGUUGAGACCCAAAUACAUGUUCAUUUAGGUUGAGAGUCUGUACAUGUUCAUUUAGGUUGAGACCCAAAUACAUGUUCAUUUAGGUUGAGACCCAAAUACAUGAUCAUUUAAGUUGAGAGUCAGUUGGUACCAUUGUAUAUUGUCUUACUAUUACUCAUGAUUACCAGUAGUAUUUGUAGUACUUUUAGGCCAAGACUAACACUUUCUUUCAGGAUUUAUUUAAUUUUUUUUUUUUUUAUAAGACUGCCGACAGUGAAAAGGUUAUAAUUCCUGUGACUAGUGCUUUUCAACCUGUUAAUACAAAUGUGGAGAGAAAAAAAGAGAAAAAAAUCUUGCAUAGAUAAUAGAUAUGAUAGAUUAAUAGUUAAUGCAAAUAUAAAAACCAUCUUUAUAUACCUGUAGUAAUAGCUUUAAUUUGUAUUCAAUUAAAAUAUAAUUUGAUUAAUUUUUUUUAAUUUUUAAAAAAAUGAAUCCAUCUAUUUCAACCUAUCGACAAAAAUGACAAUACAGCUUUUUGAACAUUUGCAGUUUUCAGAAAUUUGUGAUGUGAAAACAUAAUACAAAUUAGAAAUGUAGACUAGAAGGAUUAGGCAUAUUAAUAGAACUGAAAGGUACACACAUGCACACAUACCACACACACCACACACACACACACACACACACAUACAUUAUAUACAUAUGCAUAUUAGUCUUUAAAAAAUAUUUUACCUAAAUGCAUUGAUUUGAUCAACUUAAUUAUUUCAGAUUAUUUAGUAGUAAAAGCAAAUUAAUAUUUUUUCAUUUAGAUUUCGUAUAUGGCACUACACUGGAAUGUUGAUGCUACAACAUUUCAUACCAGAUCAUGCUGAAUUGUGGGAAGCAGCUUAUCAACCUUGUCCUGUUGACCAUAUAAAACAAUUUUCCAUCAGUUCUAAACCUGUCACCAGUGAAGUACAACAACCAAAAGGUGAGAAAUAGUGAUAAUUGUAAUGUCACUAAUGAGAGCGAUAUAAUCUUAACUAAUGAUAGAGAUAGUACCUAACUAAUAAUAGAGAUAGUAAAAAACUAUUGAUAGAAACGGUACCAUAAUUUAUGAUAGAGGUAGAACUGUAACUUAUGAUAGAAAUGUACCAUAACUAAUGAUAGAAAUGUACCAUAACUAAUGAUAAAAAUGUUCCAUAACUAAUGAUAGAAAUGUUCCAUAACUAAUGAUAGAAAUAUACCAUAACUAAUGAUAGAAAUGUACCAUAACUAAUGAUAGAAAUGUACCAUAACUAAUGUUAGAAAUGUUCCAUAACUAAUGAUAGAAAUGUACCAUAACUAAUGAUAGAAAUGUACCAUAACUAAUGAUAGAAAUGUACCAUAAUAGUGCAGUUACUAAGAUAAAAAUAGUGUGAUAACUCAGUUCUGCACCUAGGAAAAUCUGGCCCCAGGCAACUGACAGAUUUCAGGCCCCUUUCGUGUUAGAAACAUGUGCCUAUAUUUUAAAAACUCAAUGGACAGGCCCCUAUCUAGCUCGGGCCCCUGACAAGUGCCAUGGUUGUUCCCCACUAGGUGCAGGCCUGCAUAAUUAAUGAUGGAAAUAGUAUCAUUGAUAGAGAUGUGGUUUUUUUAAUCAAAGAAAAUUUAUCAUAAUUUCUAUGCAAACCAUAAGAACCAGCUUGCUCAAACUUAAAGUUAUGACUCACUCUACUAAGGGCCUGGUUUCCCGACUUCUAAGCAAGCUUGCAAAAUAUUUAAAUUUUCUGAAAAUAUUUAAAUUUGGUGAGGUGCCUCUGUGGCUUUUCAAAGGCUAUUGCUAGUAACUAAUAGAAUCUUCUAGUCAAUUAUUCACUACCACUUUGAUCAGGGCCGGACUUAGACUUGCUGAGCGAUAGAAAGUCCAGAGGCCCCGUACCGGUUUAAAUUACAUGGGCUGGUCAAUGAAAAAUUAAAAAUCUAUGGUCGGCAGAUUGUGAGGGCCUAAGCUGUAGCUUACUUAGCUUAAAUCUAAAUCUGGCACUGACUUUGAUCAAUAGAUAAACAUGAAUUCUUUGAACUUAAGCUUUUAGAAAAUGUAUUUGAUGAGCACAGCUGUUAAGCAAAUCGAUAUUUGGGGAUUAGGGGAAUAGAAAUAAAUACACAAACCUCGCAGAACUGAGCAGAAAUAUAUAGAUCUAGUAAAAAUCAAGAGCAACACACACACAAAUGCUUGAUCUUUAUAAUUUAAAUGAAUUUAGAACAUAAUUGUCAUAAAAUAUUUAAUAAUAACAAAAUUAGUUAACAACUGACACAAUAUUAUUAAUUAUUUUGCAUAAUUUAAUUGUAAAAUCUAGUAUUAAUUUUUUUUUUUUGCUGUUUAAUCUGAAAUUAAUUUAUAAUUUAAUUUCUAAAUAAAUCUGGAAGAAUAAAAAUAAAUAGCUUAUGUAGUCAGGUUAAAAAAAACUAUAUUUUUAGCUCCAACAAAUUAGCUUAUUGUUGUACUGGAGGGAUGUUGAUCAGAUCCCACUGCCUGACCUUUUUAGUAUUUUAAAAAAAAAAGAAGUAUAUAAUAUUGACUUUGAACAUGACGAAUAUAAUUCAAAGCUGUGAAGUUGUUUGGUGGAUAGCCAAGGGAUUCUGUUUGACACACAAACAAACCUUACAUUAUAUUAUCUUAGAAAAUUUAGAUUAAAAAAUUAUAAUUAAAUCUCAUUGCCUUUAGUGACUACGCUUGUGUGAUUGAUUUCAGUCCAAACAGCUGCAUACCGACCUCCUCAUGCUAGAAAUCCAGGCGCCUCACAACCAGCUUUAAAACCUUUACAAGACUACGAACCUCCUUCAAAUGUGAAAGCAACAACAGCAGCUGAUAAAGCACCCAGUAAAAACAAGAAAAAAAGGGAAGCCCGUAAAGCCAAGGCAACACAAGAGGUUUGCUAUAUUUGAAAGUUUUUAAAAAAAACGUUUUUACUCAGACUUGUUAGAUUGUUUUAACGCUCAUAGUAAAAAAUUGACAUUCCAUUCUGUUUAUUUAUAAAUUUUUGAUGUCAUCCAUCUUGUUAUGGUGGACUAGCAAACUGGACCAUACUGAUAGCCAUCUAGGGCAAACAGCGCGCAUGCGCAGAGACACUGUUGUGAGAGUGUGUGUUUAUGAACCGUGCUCCGGACGCAAGCAGAAAAUCAACACCUAUAUUGAGAACUUGUAUUUAUAUAUAUAUAUAUGUUUAUGUUACUUGUUUGAAAUAAAAACAAUGAAAACAUAACACAUCUAAACACUGUUGAGAUUCACUAAUUAUAACAAUGUUUGACUUCAAUAAAGCUUCUAACCAGAUCAAUGAUGCACAGUUUAUGUAAAUAAAACAUUAUAUUUUAAGAUUUAAUAAUGGCUACACAAAAUACAAAUUUAAAUGUUUUGGUCACAUGCCUUCAUCAGCACAACAAAAAACAUUAAUUGUGUUACAGUUAAAUUAAAUUUGCACAUAUAUAUUAUAUAAUAUUAAUUGACAAAUAUAAAAUAAUACAAAUAACUUGAUCUUUGAAUUUUUGGAGGGGGGGGGGGCUUGACAAACAUCAUGGAUGCAAAAAUUAUUGAGGGUAAUUGAACACAAUGUAAGAGAGGCUUAAGGGUAAUUGAACACAAUGUAAGAGAGGCUUUAAGGUAAUUGAACACAAUGUAAGAGAGGCUUUAGGGUAAUUGAACACAAUGUAAGAGAGGCUUUAGGGUAAUUGAACACAAUGUAAGAGAGGCUUUAGGGUAAUUGAACACAAUGUAAGAGAGGCUUUAGGGUAAUUGAACACAAUGUAAGAAAGGCUUUAGGGUAAUUGAACACAAUGUAAGAGAGGCUUUAGGGUAAUUGAACACAAUGUAAGAGAGGCUUUGCAUCAUUACUAUUUUCAUCCUAUUUAUUUUUCUUUUAACGUAAAAAUUUGUAGGGUGAUGUUAAAAAUGGUGAGGUAACAGAAGCAGCCUCUGUGUUAUCAGAAGAGCCAAGUGCCAAAGAUUUUGACAGCACUGGUGAUCCAGAACUGGAUAAGAAACUGAGAAAUCUUCACAAGGUCUGUUUUUCUACUAGGCAUCACUCUGACAAAGUUGUUAAUUUGACUUUUAAAAAUAAUUCCAUCUAAAACGUUUAAUAUCAGCAUGACAUGCUCAGCACUUAAAUACUCACAACUCGGUAUUGACAUCGGAGCCAAAACAAAUUAAAGCUUGUACCGGUACUGGCACAUAUUAUUUUAAUCUUUUUUUUUAAACUGUUUAAAUAUCCAAUCACCCAAGCUAUCCAACCCAUGAAAAUAACAAAAAAUCAUAAAUAUCAUUGUCGAUCUUGCCCUUUUAAGUUUUGUUCUGGUUGCAUUGAACAGUCAUGUAAAUUUUUAGCAUUCCCUUAUUCCGUUUGGUCAAUAAAGGGAAAAGCUUGUUACCACCAUGAGUCCCGUGUCUGAGGACUUGCUGCCUCUGAUCCUCAUUUUAACUCUUUAAAUCUGGAAUUUUUGUUAAUGUGGUAUUUUUAAAUCUGUUAUUAUAUUAACUUCACUUUUGUUCAUUGGUUCAAUGGUUGCUGGUUGCGGGUCAUCCAUGUGUCCCUGUGUCCACUGCUGUCCUUUAAAAACCCUUAAGAAAUUCGCAUACCAUGGGUAUCAAAUUUCUGCACCCCUGUCAGAAACAUUUCAUUAGAUCAGUGGUUCUUAACCAGGGUUACAAGUACCUCCCCAGCCUUGAGGUGUAGACGACCCAAAAAUUGUAUUCAGUGGCGUAGCUAGAGGGGUGCGGACCGCACCGGCCGACACCAUCUCAGGGGGUGACACCAAAUUGAAAGAUAGCGUAAUUAUAAAGCACGCACUGACCGGUCUAACCGAAAUUCAUAAAAGGAUAACAGAUGACGCGUACAUUUGUCACCCAUGUAACCAAUUAAAAUGCGUGUUUCGUUAAUAUUAAAAUCUCAAGGUUGACGCAAUUAGGUUACCAUAUUAUUAGGUCAGAAACACACCGUUUUGACCAUUUUUCAACACCGAAUCAAGUUUUAGUUAACUUUUGUAAGUGGCAGGGAGCUAUUUUUAUCUAAAUUCUGAUAAAUACAACUCUCCUUUGAUAACAAUGAGCGAUUCUAAGAACGUUGCAGUUCUUAAAUAUAGUUACCCCCUGAUUUAAUUAAUUUUUUUUUUGUUCUUGCAUUUCUUAUAUCGUGGACUAAGUUUAACAAGAAGAAAUACAUCGUAAAAAAAAAGGAGGGGUGGUGGGGGGGACACGAAUGGCUUAACGGACCAGGUGACACCAACCCUAUCUACGCCACUGAUUCUAUUUGCUGCAAUUGUUAGUUAUUGCUGCUUUGAAAAAAAAAAAAAAAAAGUUUUUAUGCAUUUUGAUUAGCAGCAGUCAAUGGUGAAUUUCAUUGGCGCAUUGUGUGUAUUGGUAAUUUUUCCCUCUGUUUAUAAAAAGUUAAUGAAAGAAAUAAAACUACGAUAACUAAAUCAUUUAAUUUUUUAAAAUUUUAUUACGGUGUAAUGGAUACGUUUGGGGGAAGGAUGUUUAAAACUGAGUGGGCCUGCAACGCUGCAAAAAAGGUUAAGAAUCCCUGCCCUAGAGCGUUUACUAAGAUAGCCCCCCACCCCGCGGUCAACCUUUUUUUCCCCGCUCCAUCCCACUUCCCGUAUCCAGAUUUAGCCACAAAUUCUCACGACUGUCAUUGUAAUUACAUUCCGAUUCUCCUACUACUGGGGAUCCUGUAACUUGAUCAGAGUCAGAGGCCAUUCUUCGGACUUCGCAUUCUGUGCUGAUUCUCUCAGUGAUAGUAGGUUUAAAAUAAAAUGAUGGUUGUUUAAAAAAAAAAUAAUGUCUGUAAUUUAGUGUUAUUAAGUGAAAUUCUUUACUACAACAUUCUGCUUUUCAUGUGACAUCACAUGGCUUGAGGCCCCCCCCCCCCCUCUAGACGCGUGACGUCAUUUAUGGAUGGCCCCUUGGCUAAAUCUUUGGACUAUUUGAAUUGACCCACUUCCCUUCAACCUAUCAACCUGAAACGUGGCACAUAGACACGUUGCUGAUGACAACACAUUGUUUCAAAUUUUCAGCCCCAAAAUUAAAGUCCAGAUAAUUGCGAUAAAUGAUUCUUUUUAGAAAUGCAUAUUUUCUGUGUUUUUCUAAAAUUGAAUAUCAUAUCAAUAUAGUUCAGGGGCAUGAAAAAUAUGCGAGCUGGGGUGAGAUCACUUAUUGGGAUUCUUAAAGAGUGUGUUAAUUGUAUGCAUGUUGUGUCAAAUUUUUAGCUUUAACCCCCAUUGCUCUAUUAAAUUUUAUAAAAGAUUAUACGAAAAACUUUGGGUGUAUAAAAUAUAGGAUGUUGGCCACUUUCAUAAAAUUUUGGAGCUUGCAAUCCCAUCAAUGCUAAUUGUAACACCUGUGACAUCAUGAAUGCAAUGCUUUGUGUAUUUAUGAAACAUCAUCGUCUUUUCUUUUAUGGGUCCAGUUUGUGUCCAUUUUGUUUCACAAUUAAUGGGAAGCAGGGUAAUGUGUUUUGUUUUCUGCUGCUUUCCCUAUCUCAUACAUGCUUCUGACAUUCCAUAAGUCUAUGCAUAUUGAUGCGUUAUUAUUGCAUUUGUAAGGAGUGUCCUCAAAUUCAAGUAUAACCUGGCUUUGACCGCAAGGCUUCAUUUAUAUCCCUUGAUUAAGAAGAGACCUUCUAUAUCAGGGCUGAGAAUGCUUGAUUUUUACUUUCUGUUUAUGUUCCUGUGUUAUUAUUAUUAUUGUGGGGGACUUUUUUUGUUAGAUGCUGAUUUAGGCCCACUGUGUGUAUUCCAGUUCAAGUAUGGCUGAUCUGUUUGCGAAAAAAUUAAAAUCUUAUACCAAGAAGUUGGAUAUAAAAAUAAAACUCCGUAAGGGAGAUCACUCUAUAUUUGGUUACUAUUUAUCAACAAAUCAAAACAAUAGGAGUUGUUGUUUUUUUGUUGUCUCUAUUUCUCAGGUCUGAUUGACUUUAAUCAAAUGAUUUAUAUUGUAAAUUAUUAUCAGUCAAAAGAGUCUAAUCUUAUAUUACAUUUUUUAAAUUAAAUCCAUUUUUUAGGGAGUUCGAGAUUAAAUCAAAUAUUUUGUAGGAUUAGGCAAAAAAUAUGCAGGUGUUGGAUGAGACUAGUAAAAAAAAUUGUGCUUAACACAUCCAAGCGUGGGAAGCACUAUUUGAAAUACUGUCACUAGAUUGUUUUAAAUUAUACCUGGUUUAUAAAAUAAAAAUGAAAAAUCAGUUUGCAGUACCAGUUCGUACUUCUUUAAAAACCACAUGUAUUUUUGUUUUAAAAACAUAUUAUGUUACUCUUUAGCUGAGAUUUUUGGUGUAAUUGAAAACUUGGAAUUAAUUCAUAAAGAGAACAUGCUUCUUCAGGUGAUUUUUUACCCCCUGCAUAAAUUUGUCUAAUUUAGCCUAUCACAGCAAAUUGUGGUUUUUAAGUGUAUGAGUAUCAGAAACUAAACCAGUAUUUAUGAAUAUUUUGGAAACUAUUUGAAGGAAAUAUUUUGGACAUUUAAAACUCUCUGCACUUGUUAUAACAAAAUUGUUCUACAUUCCUUAGAAAGUCCAGCAAAUUGAAAAACUAAAAUCACAACAGGCUUCCGGUAAAGAAUUGGAAAAAAAUCAGGUAGGAAAGUUUUAUCCUCUAACUUCUAGUUAUAAUUAUAAUAGUUGCUGCAGGUAAAUUUACUUAAUAUAAUCAUACAAAUUGCAAAACGGAAACAAGAAAAAAAGAAACAUGACAUUAAAAACUGUUACAUAAAAUUAUUCAUUUAAAAACAACCGUGUUAAAAUAUUAACCUCGCCCACCCAAGUACUAUUGACCCCUGUCUAGCCAUGGAUGGCACCCAGCAGCAUCGAGCAUUGUUUAUAGUCAGAGGGGGUGAGAAUGAGUCGGAAUAGUCGAAUUUGAAGAGAUGUGUCUUGAGUGAAUUUAAUGUACCGUACUGAAUCUUUGUGUUUCUUGAAGCAUACUAAUGGUAUUAUUAUUAUGUUUUCCAUUAAUAGGUUCACUGCUAGAGUUUUUUAUCAGUGAAAUUAGUGAUAGAUAUCAUUGUUUAAGAUUGUUUUCCUUGUUGAGGUUUAUAAAUAUGACUUGAGGGCCAUCCCGACAUUACUUUGGCUCUGAGGGGGGCUGAUUGAAUUAGGAGGUUUUGGUGGGAAGGAAACAGGCCUGGGCAUAAAGUGUACAUAGUUUUGUUUUAUUUCAAUGCAGAAAUUCUGCAAUGAUUAUCCUGAAAUUUUGACAAAUAGCCUUUAUAUUUCUAGCCAACUGACACCUAGAUUUGAAAUCCAAGAUUUCUAACUAUUUUCAAAGGCUAUAAAAAGAUAACUUCAAUGUUCUGUGACUGUGUUGGGGGGGGGGGGUGUGUUUGUAUUUGUACAUACACAAAGGAGGGGUCCAAAAAUGUACAAGGUGACAUUUUAGCCUAUGUAAUAUAUGGGUGGCUCCCUAACCAGUAAUGUAAUUUGGGUAUGAUGAAAAUAGAAUUAAAAAAUGUCCCCUUACAGCACUGUUCUUUCAUUUCAUCACAAUGAUCAAUAAUAAAUUUUCCUCUCGCACAGAUUGAGAAGAUAAAGUCUUUGGAUUCACUCCUACAGGACAUUAAAAAGUUGGAACUUGGACAAUGAGUCACUGGAAUUUGGAUAAUGAGUCUUUUAAUGUUCAAUUUUUAAAAACUUAAAAUACAUUAAGUAAAAAGAAAUAUGGAUUAAAAAUUAAAUCAUAUUAACUUGAAGCAUUUUGUUAAAAACAAAGGAUCUUUUGAAGUAUUCUAAAUUUACUAUUAUCCACUAUCCACAUUCUAGAGUACGCAAAUAUACCACAUUCACAUAAUAAUAAUUUAAAUAAUUUAAUGCAAGUGUGUAAGAUUGUAACAUGAUUUCUGAAACUAGAGUACGCAAAUAUACCACAUUCACAUAAUAAUAAUUUAAAUAAUUUAAUGCAAGUGUGUAAGAUUGUAACAUGAUUUCUGAAAAUAUUGUUUUAUCACGUUCUUGUAUCUUUAUGUUUACUAUGGAGACUUCUGUAACAAUUAUCUAAACAAAAUUGUUUCCCAAAUCUUAUAAGGGUGUUUUUAUGUUUAAGUUAUAUAAUUUAUCAACUUAAGAGAGUGCCUUUUGACAGUGCUCCAGUAUUGAAUUUUGUUGCAAAAAUUGAUAUUUUUAGAUUAAACUACCAC